AUGUUUGAUAAAGCAGCAGCACACAUGAUUAUUAUUGUUAUAGCAUUAUUCUUUCUGAUAUUCAUAAUUAGCUUCACAGAAUCACACCCUUUAGACCCUCUCUCACCAUCUGAAAUCAACAAAACAAGAAACAUAGUUCAAAAUUCUUACCUUGGUGCCAUUCCUAACUUAACCUAUCACUUUGUGGAUGUUGAAGAACCCAACAAAGACGAUGUCCUAAAGUGGCUAUCUUCAAAGAACAACACAAAAGACAAGCCUAGUGUAACUGUUCCUCGUCAAGCCAAGGUAGUUGUUAGAGCCAAUGGUGACACACACGAGCUUGUACUUGACCUAACAAGAGGCUCCAUUGUAUCUGACAGAAUCUACAAUGGCCAUGGAUACCCCCCAUUCACAUUCACCGAGCUUUUCCAAGCAAGCAAGUUGCCCCUUCAAUACCCCAAAUUCAAAGAAUCAAUAAGCAAGAGAGGCUUGAAUCUCUCAGAAGUUUCUUGUGUGCCGUUUACAGUUGGUUGGUAUGGAGAAGAGAUCACAAGGAGAGAACUCAAAGUGGCAUGUUUUUAUAGAGGUGGUUCAGUGAAUGUGUGGGCUAGGCCUAUUGAGGGAAUCACAGUUCUGGUUGAUGUUGAUUCAAUGAAGAUCACAAUGUACAAUGAUAGGUACAAAGCACCUUUGCCUAAAGCUGAAGGCACAGAUUUUCAGUCUUCAAUGAGCAACCUUAGUGAUAUUAAUGUAUCAGAUACUAAUGCUAUUGGAUUCAGCAUGAAUGGGAAUGAGGUGAAAUGGGAUAAGUGGGUUUUCCAUGUUGGGUUCAAUGCAAGGGCAGGGAUGAUAAUAUCCACUGCUUCAAUAUUUGAUGAAAGGGAGAGAAAAUAUAGGAGGGUGAUGUAUAGGGGUCAUGUGUCUGAAACAUUUGUGCCUUACAUGGAUCCAACAGAGGAAUGGUAUUUUAGGACUUUCAUGGAUGCUGGAGAAUUUGGUUUUGGACGUGCAGCUGAUAGCCUGCAACCAGGGAUUGAUUGCCCUUUGAAUGCAGUCUUCAUGGAUGGCUUCAUGGCUGGACCUAAUGCAGAGGUUCAACAAGUUCCAAGGGCUAUUUGCAUUUUUGAGAGGACUUCUGGAAAUGUGGCUUGGAGGCACAUGGAAAUCAAUAAUCCCAUCAAAAUGAUAAGAAAUGGAGAGCCUGAAAUUAAUUUGGUAGUGAGAAUGAUUGCUACUGUGGGAAACUAUGAUUAUGUUCUUGAUUGGGAAUUUCUGAGGAGUGGCAGCAUAAAAGUUGGAGUGGAUCUAACAGGCAUAUUGGAGAUGAAAGCAGUCCCAUAUACACAAAACAAUGAGAUAAUAUCAUCAUCAGAAAAAGUGUUUGGAACCUUAGUGGCAGAAAACACCAUAGCCAAUAAUCAUGAUCACCACAUAACCUACUAUCUUGACCUUGACAUUGAUGAGAGUCAAAACUCCUUCAUCAAUGCCAAGUUACAAAAGCAAAGAGCAACAAAUGGCUUAUUUGGAACACCAAGGAAGAGUUAUUGGACUGUUGUUAGAGAAGCCGCUAAGGGGGAAGCCGAGGCUCGAAUUCGGCUCGGCUUGGAGCCGGCUGAGCUAUUGGUAGUGAACCCCAACAAAAGGACAAAGGUAGGGAACCAAGUGGGCUACCGGCUGAUCGGUUCACAGCCGGUUACCUCUGUUCUAUCCGAAGAUGAUUAUCCACAAAUAAGAGCAUCUUACACACAGUAUCAAGUUUGGGUGACCGCCUAUAACAAGUCAGAAAGGUGGGCUGGUGGGUUCUACUCUGAUAGGAGCCGUGGAGAUGAUGGCUUAGCCGUUUGGAGUGAAAGGAACAGAGAGAUUGAGAAUAAAGACAUAGUAUUGUGGCACACCAUAGGACUUCAUCACGUUCCUUACCAAGAAGAUUUCCCUGCAAUGCCAGCAAUUCAUGCUGGAUUUGAACUCAGGCCUGCUAACUUUUUCGACAGCAAUCCAUUGCUUUGA